CCGGGUAGUUCUGCGCUCCCGCGAUUCUCGAAACUUGACUGUCAGUCUCUUCGUACGUUGCAUUGAGGAGUGGACUGACUAGUGUGCGCUAGUUUGAGCCGUCCUCUAUUCCUAUAUCUUUCGAGAACUUGUCAAAAAAGUAAACAUUUUGGUGUGAUCAUAACUAUCGCAUUUACCCAAACUUGUAGGUCGUCGUUAAAGACUGUCCACCAGGGAUGUUCGACCUAACGAAGGAAUGGAAUCUGUCGUUUGCUGGCUGCGGGUUCCUGGGGAUCUAUCACAUCGGAGUGGCCAGCUGCCUUUCAGAACAAGCGCCUUACCUUAUCAAAGGAGCAACCAAGAUCUACGGGGCUUCGGCCGGUUCCCUCUCCGCCUCGAUGCUCGCCAGUCAAGCAUCCAUAGCUAGGUGCUGUGAGGAUGUGAUCGAGACGGUCAAGGAGGCUCGGAAGCGUAACCUGGGUCCCCUCCACCCCUCAUUCAACCCGCUCAAGAGCAUCAGGUCGGGCCUGGAGCGCGACCUGCCCGCCGAUGCACACACACUCGCCUCCGGGAGGCUGUGUGUGUCACUCACUCGCGUGUCUGAUGGACAAAACGUCAUCGUGUCCGAGUUCAAGUCCAAGGAGGAGCUCAUCCAGGCAAUACUGUGUAGCUGUUUCAUCCCCAUAUACUGUGGCCUGAUCCCCCCAUCCUUCCAAGGAGUGCGUUAUGUGGAUGGGGGGAUCAGUGACAACCUUCCACAGUCAGUGCUGAAGAACACCAUCAGCAUCUCGCCGUUCUCUGGCGAAAGCGACAUCUGUCCCCGGGACACCUCCUUCAACUUCCACGAGCUUCGUCUCAACAACACCUCCAUCCGGUUGAACCUGGGCAACAUGUACCGCCUCAGCAAGGCCCUGUUCCCCCCAGAACUCAAGGUCAUGGCAGAGAUAUGUGAGAGUGGCUACAAGGACGCCCUUCGCUUUCUUGAGGAGAACCAUCUGCUGAAGCUGGAGUGUCCGACAGCCGGCCCCAACCCAUCAGAAGCCACCUGCUGCUGCAAACCCAUCGCCAUGGAAACCACUAAGAACUGGAUGUUCUGGCGAGUCAGCCUCCUGAGAAAGCAACACUGGUGGUUGGAUGAGCAGACUGUUGACAACCUGCCUACCGAAAUCAAGAAAGUGUUCUGUGAGGCGUGCCAGCAGAAGCCUGGUCUGUAUGCUAAGGUGUCCGAGAUGCUGCCGGUCAGAGUGGCCUCCUACAUGCUCCUGCCCUGCACACUACCUGUGGUGUCAGCCUACUCAGUGGGCAAGAGGUUUGUGGAGUGGAUCCCAGAGCUGCCUGCAGACAUAAGUUGGCUAGCUGGGGUGGCUGGGGAUGUGGCUGGUAGCGUGUACAGACAGGUCUGGAGAGGAGCACCAGCAGACAUAACCAGUGAUGGUUCCCUGAGGAAUUGCAUGAGCCUGCCCCCACCCCUGGAUAGUGACAGACACAGGGAGAGAAACGGUCACCUCGCCGGGUUCGCUCUCUCUGCUCUCAACUUCCAAAGCCACUACUGGAACAUCCUCAGCCCCCACACGCCCAGCCCCUCCCCAGGACAGAUCUGCUUCAGUGUUCAUUUUGGCACACUUUUUUAGAUUUAUUCUAGUCUUAGUCAUUUUGACUAAAGUAUCAUUAAGUCACAUUUUUGUGAUUUGAAUAAUGAUUUAGUCAUUGAUAAAAUGACAAAAACAGUGAGCCAUUUUAGCCAACUAAAUGCCCUUUCCUUUUAGUCAUAUUUUAGUCACAUCACAUUUAUAUUACCUCAUUAGCCACGAUUCCAUCCACAGUUUUUAUGGGAGUAAAGUCAUAUCAAAGAUUUUUAUAACUAUCCCAAGAUAGACCAUAACUACUGAGAUGGUAGGCUAUUCAGUAAAUACAUUGUUUCAUCUCACAUGUCCAAGCAGGAAUGCAUGAUUCCAGAUACAAUAUUUUGAUGUGGAACCUAAUCCAGUGAUUGUCAUGAAUUGAAUUGACAAUAGGGUUUUGUUGUUAUAAUUUUACUGUUAAAAUAGGGCUCCUGAAUUUUCUGAAUUUUUUUCAAUAGAGCUGAAUUUGCUUAAUUCUGUAUGUGCACUAAUAUCAUAGGCUAAUUUAUUUGGGGGCUUAUACACCACGAGGAAGUGAAAACUCAAAACACAUUAGCCAGAUCGCUAACACUAAAUAUAAUACCCACUGCUAGUAACGUUAGUCAUGUAUUAAUCUACAAGUAAAUGUAAUGUCCUACAUUUUUUUUGCUGUUGUAGCCCUGCUACCCUAUGCACUCGCAAUGGAUCAAUGCACAAUUGCGCAUUUCGCGGGCUUCGUAUCUUAAAGCCAUAUUAAAUAUCUUCUUUGUAAAAUAGUUGCUAUCGAGCUCAAUAUUAAGAGAUGACCAAAAUAAAGUAUACCCACAGAAAUCUGAGAACACUAGUUGCUUCUAAAGCUGUGUAUCCCACAAUUUGAUUUUUAAAUGUUAUAUUGAAAUGUUAUACAAUCAAGAAGCCUUUUUUCUCUCUCCCGGAGUGCACAUCAAGUGGCUUGCUCAUCACAGCAGCAGGCCCCAGCGGAACAGGCCCAGGGGCUGGGCAAAUACUUUCAUUACAGGAAUCAUGAGGAUAAUAAUGCACUUUACUGUUUGACCAAAUCAUGGUUUUAGCCACCCCAAAAAUAGGACGUUUUGAAACUUUUGAGUGAGGUGACCAUGUAAUGAAUGUUCAGCUCGCACGCGACCAAUUACAAAUUUAACUCACACAGCCAAAUCAAAGGGUUGCAAAAUGCCAUUAAAUGGUUGCAGUUUGGAGCCCUGCCCCUUGACAUACUGUUGCUAUAUUGUAAUCAAAGUUGUGUCAUAAGUAGUGGUCUGAUACUGUAGGUUGCAGCAAACUACAAGCCAGCAUUAUCAAUCGGUUAUUAGCCUAUCUGAGCCUCAGAGGAGACUGGUGGGAGGAGCUAUAGGAGGACGGGCUCAUUGUAAUGGCUGGAAUGGAAUAAAUGGAAAAUAUCAAACAUAUGGAAACCACAUGUACCAGCUCAAAUUACCUCCCACUGGGCCUGUUUAUAUUGUAUAGGAACUGAAAGGUGGUUUAAGAUGGGCAAAAGAUGGUCAUGUGAUCGAAUAGCUUUGGGAUCCAGAACUGUUGCUAUAGACACGCUAAUGACUCAAUCAUGUAUUUUGAUCACUCCACCAAUCAUAUUUUAUUCUAUUGUACACAUUGGAAAACAAUGUACCAGCUCACCACCAAAGACCUCUGCAAAUGAAUUCCUUUUUGGGAAUUACACAUUUUAUAAAUCACUUUAUCUAGUUUUACCAGAUAACAUGUUGUCACUAUCUAUCAACCUACCUACCUACCUACCCCUACCUACCUACCUACCUACCUACCUACCUACCUACCUGUGUUCAGUCAAAUGUAGCUUUCAUUCCUCAUUCCAGACGGACUGUUGAUUUUAUUUGACAUUGACUUCUUGACUAUGAGCUGUGCUGUGUUAUUUUGUUUGUAUUAGACAGGACUGAACUAUGAACUACUGUGAUGAGCUGUGAGGUCAAUCAAUUUGAAAUCGCAAUAUUCUUGAAAGUUCCUUUCAGAACUUCUCUCAAUGUUGACCAUUGCUUUUGCACAAUAACUUUACGUGCAUAGGAUUCACAAUUUUAAUGGCAUAAUCAAAUGUCAAAUGUAAGUUAUCACACUGCCCCAUUUAUAGUAGGCUACAUACUGUAAUUAUAUUUGUAACGUGUGUAACACGGAAAACCUCUGCCUACCUGUGCCUAGGACGGCAGGUAUCCUAGUGGUUAAAGCGUUGGGCCAGCAAACGAAAAGUUGCUGGUUCAAAUACCUGAGCCGAGAAAGUGAAAAACCUGUUGAUGUGCCCUUGAGCAAAGCACUUAAUCCUAAUUUGCUCCAGGGGCGCCAUACUACUAUGGCUGACCCUGUAAAACAACACAUUUCACUGCACCUAUACGGUGUAUGUGACAAUAAAACAUUUUUUAAAUAUACUUUACUGUUGUUAUUUCACAUUAAGGCCCUUAUCUUAAUAACAUAAAACACAACAACGUUUUUUAUGAUGUGACCUUCUGUUUUUAAAUAUACUGUAACUGUUAAAAUCCUACUGAGGUGCCUCAUCAUUGGAAACUGUGCAUAAUAAGUAGGGGAGAGUGGGAUAAGUUGAGCGAAAGCGGUAAAUUAACCCUUGUUUCUAGGAAACCAUACACAAUAUUAAUUAUUUAACUAAAUAUUUCAGAAGACGCCAUCAUUUCAUGGAGUCUGAAGGAAGAAACCACAUGGAAAGAGUGAUAAGCAAGUUAAGUUAAAAAAGAUUUUCACCAAUUAAUUGGUGUUCGAGGUUUCAUGAUGCUUGUAUCUAAACCAAAGUACGUAGAUCAUUUUAAGAUUGUUCUAUACAUCAGUUGGGGACUCAAUAACCUUCAGUAUGAGAUCCUAAACCUAGCAUGAAAGUGCAUCCUUGUAGCUGUGUGGGCUAAUAUAGUCAAGAUGUUUGCCUUGGGGUAAGUUGAGCCAACGACCAUGGGGUAAGUUGAGCCAAGAGUUGAGCAAAUGACAAGUUGAGCAAAUGUAAGCAUUUUCUUCCCAGGCAUAAUGCAAGGCAUUAUCUCUGGGAUAUGAGGCAACAACAGGGCCUGGCCUACUGUAUGUUAAAAGUGUUUUAAAAAGUACAAAGUGUUUGUUAGGUGUUAAGGCUGUGUUAAAAUAUGAUUUAAAUGAUUUUUUUAAAGGUCUAUUGAUUGAAUUGAAUUGUGUUUGGGAAAUAAAGAUUGACAUGGUUGUGUUAAAAUAU